UUUGGAAAGGAGUGCUGGAAGAGGUACGUCUGUGGUGGUUUUAAGUUAUCUACGUUGCUAUAAUAUGACUACGCAUUUAAAGAGAUUUGAUGUUGAAUAACAUAACGAUACGUUCAGUCGCUUCUUUAUCGAGGACAGCAGAGGACUUCGGUCUUAUAAAGCCUGCAUGUUUCUCUUGUGUUUUUGUAUUCUGAAAUCGACGCGAACACGACUGAAGGCAGUCGGUUUUUUUAAAGCUCGUCUGACCGGAAUGGAGGGUCAUGGCAUUCUGAAAGCCUUCCCUAAAGUAAAGAGACCUAGGCCUAAUGAGCAGAAGGACGCGCCUCCCCUCAAGAAGACGUCUGCUGAACCCAUAACAGGUACAGUUUUCCAAGGAACCGAAGUACACAUAGUUCCAGCCGGUAUAGGGAAAGCCAGGUGUGACAUAUUCCAUCGGCAGAUCACCCAGAAUGGAGGACAGGUAGUUUCCGCACUCUCUCCCAGCUGCACACACAUAGUAGUUGAUGAUUCAGUUGAGUGCAAGAGAGCUUUGAGGCUUCUGAAAGUGGAAAGACUGCCCUCUGCUGUUCAUCUGGUCAAAUGCGCUUGGUUGAGUGCCUGCAUCAGCGAGAAAGGUUUACUAGAUCCUAAAGACUACAGCCUUCUUCCCCCUGAGAGUCCCACAGUUGCUCUAGCUGAGGAGUCAAAUGAGACGGUUCCAGAUGCAGCAGCAAUGCGGGAUACUUUAACAGUCCUUGAAAAUCAAGAAAACCCUCAAGAAAGCCUCACAGAGAUGGUGCCAGAGGUUCAGGAGGAGCACCACGAGGAAGAUAUCUCAGGCGUAUCUCAGAACGAUCUGGAGGCUUUGAUCAGUGGCGUUCACCCAUCUGAGAGCCCCCCGACUCAGAGUUCGGCAGAGAAUCCCGUUUUGUCUAAGAAGUGGGUCUGCUCCCAACCAUCCACAACUAAAGGGGAGAACCAUAACAAACACAUAACUGACAAACUGGAGCCACUGGCCAAAGCCUAUACGCACACGGGCGAUAAAUGGAGAGCCCUGGGCUACUCCAAAGCGAUCAACGCCCUUAAGAGCUACCACAAGUCCAUCACUUCAUAUGAGGAAGCAUGCCAGAUCCCAGGCAUUGGUAAACGCAUGGCAGACAAGAUCAUGGAGAUCAUGGAAAGUGGGCACUUGCGUAAACUGGAUCACAUUGGGGAGGAGGUGCCCGUUCUUGAAAUGUUCACUAACAUCUGGGGCGCCGGGGCGAAGACGGCUCAGAUGUGGUAUCAACAAGGAUUUCGCACGUUGGAGGAUAUUCGCACUAAGGCGGUUUUGAAUCACACUCUAAGGAUUGGACUAAAACACUACGAUGACCUCCUUGAGCGGAUGCCAAGAACCGAAGCAAAUGCCAUUGAGAAAACGGUGAAGGAGGCAGCUCACAGUGUGGACACGCAGCUGGUGGUUAUGGCGUGUGGUUCGUACCGCAGGGGCAAGAGCACGUGUGGAGAUGUGGACGUCCUCAUCACGCACCCUGACGGGGAAUCACACAAGGGGGUUUUCAGCAAAGUGUUGCACCUCCUCCAUCAGAGCGGUUUCCUGACAGACGACCUUGUUAGCCAUGAGGAGAACGGUGAACAGAAGAAAUACAUGGGCAUCUGCCGGCUUCCGGGCCCUUCACAGCACCACAGGCGCUUGGACAUCAUUGUAGUGCCCUAUGCGGAAUUUGCAUGCGCUCUUCUGUACUUUACCGGCUCCGCCCACUUCAACAGAUCAAUGAGGGCACUGGCCAAGACCAAACACAUGAGCCUAUCGGAACACUCUCUGAACUGUGCUGUGGUGCGGCAGCGUGGUGUGAAGCUGGUGGCGGGAACUCCUUUACACACCGCGGCGGAGAAAGACGUCUUCAAACUCCUCGGCAUACCGUAGCGAGAACCACAUGAGCGAGACUGGUGACAGGACUGCAUGCUAACGUAUUACAUGACUGCGCUUUACAUGAGAACACUUUAUGAUUUUUAACUCUAUGGAAUCAUGCUGUUAAUGUGGGAGUGCACUAUAGAAUUGCUUUAAUUUGCAUCAUGUGACAUGAAAGUUCUUUUACUGGAUGUAUUUUAAUAAGAGAUGUCAUUACCUCUUGAUGUGUAUUACUUGAAAUUUAUAAAUUAUUAAAGCACAUCAAAAUGUA